ACCCAAUUGAUUGCUCCACCCCAAAAGAAAUCAAUUUUCUUUCCUAUCAAGCUGGAUAAGUCUAUUCCAGUGGACUGCUCACAUACGUUCGUGAUAGCUGGACACAAAACACAGCGCGACCACAACCUCCAGCCAACAAGCCGAAAUAGUUCAGUAAAUCCCAGAGGUCCUCCUUCUGGGAAUGUGUGGGCUGCCAUGGACGUAAAAAAUGACUUCCCUGGGCGUGUCGUUUACACGCAGGUAGUUUCGACACUCUUUUCUUGCGCUUUCCAGGUUGUUGUUGCUCUUUACUUCUGAUGGUGACGUUUCAACAAAACGACGGAGGGAUAAGAUAGAGAACAAGGAAAUAUGGGUAAUGGGGCAGCAGCGGAAUCAAAAGCAAUGUCUGAAUGCAUCAUCCUAACUGACAACAUUUUCCUCCAGCACAACAGUUGCAGCAAAGUCCUAUAAAAACAGUAAUUCAAAUUUUAUUGGUUUUCAUCCUGCCUGUAUGUGUGAUGGAGAACAUGACAUUCUCCGAAACCUUCUGAAAGCUCCUUGACAAAAGAUGCAACCAGGAGGUCCUCUCAUUCCACCACCUCCACCUCCACCUCCACCUCCACCACUACCACCUCCUCCUCCUCCACCUCUACCUCCAGCCCCUGGCCUCCCUCCGCCCCUACAUGGCGGGGGCCUCAUUGCCAAGGGGGCUACCCGGAACUCCAGGAUGCGCAAUUUCAACUGGGAAACUCUUCCCAAACACAGUGUGAUAGGAAAGCACAACAUUUGGACAGCAGAUAAGACUGAUGGGGAAUAUGAGCUGGACACUGAUCACAUGGAGGAGCUGUUCAGCCAUAAGCAGGUCCAGCAACAACUCAAGUCCCUGAACCGCCAUAGUUUGAGGGGCCUGCCAACUGCUGCCUCAGGAGCGGAAAUAGUUUCCAUCCUAAACUCCAAGAGGAGCAUGAACAUUGGAAUUUUCCUAAAGCAAUUCAAGCGGCCUGUAAAAGACAUGAUUGAAGAAAUUAAAUCAGGAAGUAGUCUAUGUUUUGCUUCUGGAAAACUGAGGGAGCUGUGCAAGCUGCUGCCAGAUGAAGGGGAGGCAAAGCAGUUGUUCAGUUUUAAGGGCGACCACUCCACUCUCCCUGAAGCAGAUCUGUUUAUGCUAAUGUUGGUGAAGAUUCCAAGUUAUGAAGAGCGUCUCAGAGGCUUGGUGCUCAAAGAGGAAUUUUUUCCCCACGUGGAUGAAAUGAAAGAAUCCAUUGGCACUUUGACAGCUGCUGGAAGAGAGCUGUUGGAGUCUGAUCAUCUCCAUUCUGUCAUACGACUGGUACUGAAGACUGGAAAUUACAUGAAUGCUGGUGGCUAUGCAGGAAGUGCAGUUGGCUUCCGCAUGUCUUCUCUGUUGAAGUUAGUGGACACCAAAGCAAACAAACCUGGAAUGAAUCUUAUGCAUUAUGUCGUGAUGCAAGCUCAGAAGGCAGACAUGGCCCUGCUUGAAUUUCCAGAACAACUCAAACACAUUGAAGCUGCAGCAAGAAUAAAUAAAGGUGAAAUUGAAGCAGAGUUUGAAAGACAGGUAAAGAAAGUACAAAAUGGCAACGCGGACACCUUAAAGCAGGAAGACCUAAAGGCACAGAUGGAGGAUUUUUUAAAGGAGGCUGAGAUUUGCUUGGCAGAAAUAAAUACUGAUCUUCAGGAAUUGCAGUCAGUGAGUGACUCUGUAGCAGAGUACUUCUGUGAAGACCCAACCAAGUUCAAACUGGAGGAAUGUUGCUCCAUUUUCAACUCCUUUUGUGAGAAAUUUAUGCGGGCCAUGCAGGAAAACAAGGCUCGAGAGGUGGCAGAAGUGCAACGGAGACACAAAGACAGACUGCAGAGUGUUGCCAAGCGCAGGUCCACAGCUACCUGCUCCAGUAGAGACAAGGAAAUGGAUGGAAUUGCAUUAGAGUCUGUACUACAGAACCUUCUCACCAGUCGUGUCUCUCGGAGGAGACUUGCAAGGCCCUCAUCCUCACAUGGAAGCCCCACAAGUGGCAGCCCCAACAGUGGGAGCCUAUCAGAAAUUACCUCUCAGGCAAACCUCCCCACUGGAAAUCAGAAGGGUGGAGGGUCUUUUAGAAUUAAGGAGAUCGGCAGAAAAGAGUGGAAUUCAGCAGCUGAACUCACAGAGAACUCUUCACAAAAGAAAGCACAGACUAAUAAUGAGGACAACAAGACAAAAGGUGGCAUUCUUCAUGCAGAAGAAAUAAAAUCUUCCAGAAAAGAGAACUCUGGAGGUUUUAUGCGCCCAGCCAACAGGACUGCCAACAUUUCCUCUUCAGGCAGAACUUUCUCAGCCAUCACUGAUGACGAUGAGGAAGAUCUACAGGACAAUAAUGAGGAUGAGGCCCAAAAGUUGCGUGAAGCAUCUAAAAAAGUUUUUCGCUUUCAGAACAGCCGUGGGAGUGUCUCAUUUGGUGACAAUUCUCUGGAAAAUCAGAAAUCGGCUGGUCCAAGUACCAUCUUGCCUCGUCAACGCACCUUCGACGAGGACAGAGAAAGGUAUGCUGGAGACCCAACCAAUGAGAAUUUUGUUAGAUUUUUGCUAAAUCCUCAGUCCCCCUCAAAACUUAAUCUUGGCCGGCGCAAUACACUACCUACUAAAGUCCCUAAAACUGAGGAAGAGGAAGAUAAUCUGUGGGCUCAGCCCCCAGUCAGAACUCCUAAUUCUGCGGCAAGAGACAAAGGGACACUGCCAGAGGGUGCUGGAUACAAUCCUUCAAAACAAGUGUUCGACUUUACUGAUGUAUCUCACAACUUUAAAAAAUCUGGUGCUCAAGACCAGAAUACCCCUUCAACAGAAAAGAAAAGCAAGCCAAAUGUUUCUGUUACCCAUGUUCCAGAUGAAGGGCCUGGGGAGCAAAACCAAGAGGGCAAAUCAAUGGAGCUCACAGGCAACCAGAGGAAUAGUGAAAAAAGUACAUGGAUUAAGACCGAAACCUCUGGACUAUUUUUUAGCUUUUUAAAACGGCUUGGAGAUAUGAGCAAGACGCAGAGCAGCAAGGAAACUGUCCAUAAAGAAUGAUAUACAAUUUAAAGUCAGGGAAGCACAUGUAACUUUAGUGUUACUUGUAAUUUACUCAUGAUGAUGAUAUAGUGUUAUUUUUAAUAAUACUUUUGUAAAUUGAUAAUGAGGUUGUAAAGAGAUGGAGAGAAGGUUCUAGGAAAGUGGUUGAAGAAUGUUUUUGAAGGCCACUUUGUAUGUUGUACCAGUAGAUGGCAGAAUACAACAAAUGGGAAACUGUUGUUCAGAAAAUAGGGCGGUUGUUAAUUCCCAGGCAAUCUGUACAUUGUCUACUAAACAAUGAAUGGUGGGCACACAAUCCUUGCAUAAUAUUAUUCCAUUGACAGUAUGGUAUUAUCCUUAGUUGGAUAAAUGGUUUAAUACUUGCAUAAUGCGUUCUGAUUGUUACAUUGUCUGGACUGAAAUGCACAACCUUGCAGAAUGAAAUGAGAAAGUAAAUGAAUGAAUGUUGAGUGUGUGCAUAGGACAGCAAAGUGAAAUCAAACUUUAUGUAAAUUCUCGUUUUGAAUGUUAUUUUUGAUAUUUUGAUAAAUUACUACUUGUACUGUAUACAGUAUGAAUUGAAUUCAUUUUUGUGUUUUACAUGAUGGAUAUCUUUGUUUUCCUCCUCUGUUGUCACAUAAUCACAUCAAAAAUGCAGAAGGCUGUGGACACUUUCAGGAUGGUACUCAAUUCAGCCAUUGUGUUGGGCUUAAAUGGGUCAGUGUUACAAAGGCUGCCUGUAUCUGAGCAGAGCUGAACCAUGGACUGUCAGUGGCAAAGUCAAGGGUGCCCAUCUCAAAUUAACUUGAUAAGAGAUUACUGUGGUUGAAGGGCCAAGACCUGGUGGCUUAUUAUGAUGAAAAGAAUAAGCUUCACUGGAAUUACCCCUGUACUUGCUUGUGGCCAGGGAACAACUCCAAUGUCUCAAAAUGGAAGUUCAACUAUUGGCAUUUCUUAGCAGUUAAUACCAGAGUUACAAUAAGUAGCCUUUAAGGAGUAUGUCCAGCUGUCUGACUGAAGUGCAACAAUGAGGUAAUGAAAAUGACUCUUAAGCUUCACAUUUAAACACCAACUGGAGUGAUCAAAAUGUUUUUUAUAUUUCUUUGUAAUAAAAUAUUUAUAAGAGUGA